UUUAUAAAAAGCCCAUGCCUGAGAAUACCUUUGGUUUGUGAGAAGAGGGUGAAGGAGAAGGCAGAUAAGGAAGAGCUAUUGUAAGUAGUUCUAUUUAACUGAUCGAGUAUCAAGACGUUGGCUUGUACCUGAAGAAUAUAGUAUCGUCAAGUUCCAAAUUUCAGGGUCCAGCAAUUUCAAUCAGGAGAAGAAAAAAGAAAGCGCACAUCAGGUAAAACAGAACUGAUCUUGAGCACAAUAAUUUGGUUGUUAGCGCCUCUACAUCAAGAUAAACUUAUGUCAAUUUUUGUGUUAAGGACAGAAGAUGUACCAUCAUCACCAACAUCAAGGAAAGAACAUCCACUCGUCUUCAAGAAUGUCCAUUCCUCCCGAGAGACAUUUAUUCCUGCAAGGUGGGAAUGUUCCUGGAGAUUCGGGACUUGUCCUCUCAACUGAUGCUAAACCUAGACUUAAAUGGACCCCAGAUCUUCACGAGCGUUUCAUAGAAGCAGUUAAUCAGCUGGGAGGAGCAGACAAGGCUACUCCAAAAACAGUAAUGAAACUUAUGGGGAUUCCAGGACUCACCUUAUACCACCUAAAGAGUCAUCUUCAGAAGUACAGGCUCAGUAAAAAUUUGCACGGACAAGCCAUUAGUGGGGCCAACAAAACUGGUAUAGCAGGACAGGGGUGUGACAGAGUAUCUGAACCAAAUGGAACAAGUUUGAACAAUUUAAGCAUUGGACCUCAGACAAACAAAAACUUACAUAUAAGUGAAGCACUACAGAUGCAAAUUGAAGUGCAGAGAAGGCUACAUGAGCAGCUUGAGGUACAGCGACACUUACAGCUCCGGAUAGAGGCUCAGGGAAAAUACCUGCAGGCAGUGCUGGAAAAAGCCCAGGAGACACUUGGAAGACAAAACUUAGGUGCUGUGGGACUUGAAGCUGCCAAAAUUCAACUCUCAGAAUUGGUGUCCAAAGUAUCCAAUCAAUGCCUGAAUUCUGCAUUUUCAGAACUGAAAGAAUUACAGGGGUUUUGCCCCCCGCAAAUACAAGCAACCCAGCCCAAUGAUUGUUCAAUAGAUAGCUGCCUGACUUCCUGUGAAGGAUCUCAAAAGGAUCAAGAAAUACACAACAGGGGGAUGGUGAUGAGACCUUAUUCCGGAACUCAAUUCUUGGAGCAGAAAGAGAUCUCUGAAGACCACAUGCUUCAGAAGACAGAACUCAAGUGGUCUGAAGACCUAAAAGAGAGCAUGUUUCAUUCUUCAAUUGGUAAAGACGCAGAAAGAAGAAUGCUCCCUGUAGAUAGAAGCUCCAGCGACUUAUCCAUGAGAAUAGGACUUCAGGGAGAAAACGGGAAUGGCAGCAACAGCUGUUCUGCGGGAAGAUUUAAAGGAAGGGACUUGGAUGACAAUUUCCUAGACCGAACCAACAAUAGGGUGGAAUCAAGUAAACUAGAAAAUGAGAAAAUUUCUCGAGGAUACAGACUGCCUUACUUUCCAGCGAAACUAGACCUAAAUGCCCAUGAUGAAAAUGAUGCUGCUACAAGUUGCAAACAAUUCGACUUGAACGGUCUCAGCUGGAGUUGAGAAGUUUUAAAACGAAUGAGAGGUAGAAGAGACAAGAUUAGGCCAUUAGAUUUGCAUCGGAGAGGAAUGAUCAGCAAGAUAUUUGCUGCUCUCUUGUUCAGGCCAAGUUGCCAGGAACAAUCAAUUGAAGAAAUUGGAAUAAAUUGCAAUGACAGAUAUAGAUCACAUUUGGAACUAUAUGACUUCGAUAGCUCCAGCAAAAUUUACUUUCUGUUAUCUCAUACAUCAAUCCGAGU